AUGCUUGAUUGGGAUCCUCUUCAAAUGAAUUCUACGGAUGUGACUCAAAUUACACCCCAAUGCUCCUUUCGUAUGAAAAGUGACAUUAAAAAUUUGAUAGAUGAACCCCCGGAGGGGAUACUUAUGGAGCCAGAUGAACAAGACUUCCUAAAGGUGCAUGUUUUGAUCACUGGUGCACCAGGGACCCCCUACGAAAAGGGGUUCUUCUACUUUUUCAUUGGUUUUCCUUCAAAUUACCCCUUUCAUCCUCCGAAAGUUCGAUUCAUGACUACCUCUGGAGGUAAAGUGAGGUUCAAUCCCAAUCUUUACUCAAAUGGCAAAGUUUGCCUCAGUUUAUUGGGCCUUUGUUGUCAAAGCCCAGUUAGUUAUCUUGUUGUCUCCGGUAGCUUCUUUGAAUUAUGA